UCUGUUGUUGGUUCGUCAAAAAAACAAGAAUUAUAACGAAAUGAAAGCGUGAAAAACUAAAUGAAAGGCACAUAAAUGUUCAGAAGAAUCUGCUGCAUCGACAUUGUAAUUAUAGACAGGCACAUGGAUUAACAUUGUUUUAUACGUACCAGUGAACGUUGUGCGAUUUCACGGUUCGGCUCCAGUAAUUUCCAAGAGGAUCAUCCUUGAAUGCCUUAGUCGAAGAUCAACAAACGAACAUAACCACAAAACAGCGCAACGCAACGAUCGAGGAGACAAACUCGGAAAUAAAAUAAAAGGAAACCGGCAACGAAAUGGUGAAGAUAGCGUUGAAAAUAAAAGCUACAACGGAGAACGUGGAGGAACUGAGACCGUCUGGUCCUGGGUUUCGUUGGUAUUUGAAGUUAGUUUGUUCCAAUUGCCGCGAGGAAUCCGACAAAUGGAACUAUCUGUCCUUGAGCGAGACCGUCGCAGCCCCGAAAGGGCAUGGUGUCAGUCAUUACGUGAGCAAAUGCAAGCUGUGCUCGCGCGGAAACUCUAUAACGAUAUUAGGCGAUUUAGUGAAACCGUUUGUCGCGCGCGAUCAGGACAGCUUCCAGAGCAUAGUGGUGUUCGAUUGCAGGGGCCUUGAACCCUGUGAUUUCUGGCCACGAGACGGAUGGACCGUCAAAUCCGUCGACGACGGCACGGAAUUCACGGACGUGGAUUUGACGGAGGGCGAAUGGGGCGAAUACUGUCAGAAGAUUGACAAGUCCAUAUGGAUUUAUGGAAUUGAGUUCAGGCUCGAAAAGAUCAAAUAACACGGAGAAUGAAGCGUGUGCUCGAGACAAACGUUUAGAUUAUUAUUUGCGAUUACCGUUGAUUAUGUCUUGUUCUCACGUAAUAUUCUAUAUUGUAUAUUUUAUGUAUAUUUCGUAUUUCGUAUAACGAUAAUGUUGAAUAAUAAUAAAGACGAUAAUAACCUUGA